AUGUUUUUCUUGCGAAGUGGUCACGCAAGAAAAAUGAAAAAGUGCAAGAAACAAUGCAAAGAAGACGCAGAUCCAAUCAGGUUUUGUCGCAGUUGCCGACUCCAGAAAUGCAUCAAUGCUGGAAUGGUUUUUGAAGAGUUUGGAUGCUCUCUAAAACCACGGAAACCAACCAAAAAACUACCAAAAAUCAUUGAGGUGGAUUCCCAGUUCAAUUGUUUCGUGCAACUUCAAACUUCUCAAUGGGACACAAAUCAGAAAUAUACUGUUUGCAGUAGUGAUGUUGGUGCAGCAAAGAUCAGCCAAAAACUGUAUAGGCCUGCAACUCCUUUUGAUAUAAAUUUAUCUCUCCAUAUCGGGUUCCGUAAUGCAAUCGACUGGGCUAACCGGAUCGAUACAUUCCGUGGGUUAAACUCAAGAGAGAAGAAGUGUGUGACCGGAGAAUUCGGAGUCGGUUUCAUAUUGAUUGAUCAGGCUUUUAAAAAUGCUCAAAAACCCUUCGCUGAGGAUACGUGGUUCCUGCAAAAUGACACGUAUAUUUCUGACAACUCAAAGUUGAUGGACAUCACUUCACAGGAAGAAUCAAGAAAUCGUUAUGAGUUCAUUCAGGAGUUACUACUCAUGCUCAAGAAACCAUUCCAAGAUCUGAAAAUCGACGCAAUCGAAUGUGUGCUUCUGAAAAUUCUCCUUCUGUUGACUCGUUCUUCAACACCUUAUAAGAAUUCCGAUGUGGAUUCUCAGGAUCGAGUCAACCACUAA